AUGGCACGUAGUAAGCAGACAGAGUCCAAGGAACCCCUGGUACUGCACCGCGAGGAAAUGAUGAGCGUCGCGAUCACAUUUUUUGAGGAAUUAUCCAGUCUGCAUGUAGCACCCUACAUUCCUGAAAGUUCAGUCCCUGGUUUGACGAUGAGAAGGAUAUUGAGUCGACAAUUUCCCUUUAAUUAA